CAUCGGACCUGGGGUGUGGGAUUAUUGGGACCGGCUAGAUAGAGAGAGAAAGAGAGAUAGUUUUAGUUUGGGGGUAUUUUUGGGGUUUUGAAAAAAAAGGUAUAGUUUUUUUAGGGUUUAAAUUAUUGGUUUAGAAAUCAAAUUUUUUGAUUUUCUAAGUAUAGAUUAACUUGACAUGUCCACUCUUUCUCUUCCUAAAACUCUCUGAUUCUCUCACCAAAUGUUCAUUCAUUUCCGACACUUCUCCAUUCGCCACCUCCACAUCUCCAGGACCCUCCAAUGGAAGCUCAGGGACGAGUACAAGCUAACCCAACCCGACCUAGUCCAACGCAUCUCCACUCUUCUCCUUCUCCAACGUUUCGAUGCACUUGCAAACCUCUCCUUCCACUUCUCAGACGAACUACUCGACUCCGUUCUACGAAAUUUGAGGUUAAACCCUAAUGCCUGUUUAGGGUUUUUCAGGUUGGCCACGACUCAACAAGAUUUUAGACCUAAUAUAACGUCUUAUUGUAGAAUUGUGCAUAUAUUGUCUAGAGCUCGUAUGUAUGAUGAAACCAAAGCUCAUUUGAAGGAAUUGGUAACUGUGUGUAAGAAUAAUCACUCGGCUUUUUUUAUUUGGCGUGAGCUUGUUAGUGUCUUCAAGGAGUUUUCUUUUUCUCCUACUGUUUUUGAUAUGAUAUUGAAGAUUUAUGCUGAGAAAGGUCUUACAAAGUAUGCAUUACAUGUGUUUGAUAAUAUGGGUAAAUGUAGUAGCUUGCCUAGUUUGAGGUCUUGCAAUUGUUUGUUGAGUAACUUGGUUAAAAAUGGUGAAUUUCAAACUGCUGUGCUUGUGUAUGAUCAGGUGAUUAGGCUUGGUAUUGUUCCUGAUACUUUUACUUAUUCUAUAAUGGUGAAUGCAUACUGUAAAGAAGGUAGAGUAGGUAGAGCUGAGGAGCUUGUUAAAGAAAUGGAGAGUUCUGGUUUUGAGCCAAACACUGUUACUUACAAUAGUUUGAUUCAUGGUUAUGUUAGUUUGGGAGAUUUGGAGGGUGCAGAAGGAGUUUUGAAGUUGAUGUUCGAAAAGGGUGUUUCGAAAAGUGAAGUUAGUCAUACAAUUUUGAUUAAAGGUUAUUGCAAGCAAUGUAACAUGGAGGAAGCUGAAAAAGUUCUUUUGAGGAUGAAAGAAGAUGAAUCUGUUAUUGUGGAUGAGCGAGCUUAUGGUGUGUUGUUAGAUGGGUAUUGUCGAAAUGGAAGAAUGGAUGAUGCUAUUAGGAUUCAGAAUGAGAUGUUAAAGUUAGGCUUAAAGAUGAAUGUUUUCAUUUGCAAUUCUUUGGUUAACGGUUACUGUAAAACUGGUCAGAUUGAUAAAGCUGAGGGAAUAAUGAAGCAUAUGAAAAGCUGGCAUGUAAAACCAGAUUUGUUUAGCUAUAAUACUCUUGUAGAUGGAUACUGUAGGGAAGGUCGAAGUAGUGAGGCUUUCAUGCUUUGCGAAAAGAUGGUUCGAAAAGGGGUUGAACCAACUGUUGUAACUUAUAAUACUCUUCUCAAGGGUUUAUGUCAUGCAGGUGCUUUCAAUGAUGCUUUGCGUCUUCGGGAUUUAAUGGUGAAAAGAGGUGUGGCCCUUGAUGAGAUCGGUUAUUGUACUCUGCUCGAUGUGUUCAUCAAAAUGAAAGAUUUUGAUGGUGCAACGAGUCUAUGGAAAGAAAUUUUAGCUCGGGGCUUUAAUAAGAGCAGUUAUCUUUUCAAUACAAUGAUAAACGGGUUAUGCAAGAUGGGAAAAAUGGUUGAAGCGGAGGACCUUUUCAAUAAGAUGAAGCAGCUUGGAUGUGCCCCUGAUGAAGUAACUUAUAGAACCCUGUGUGAUGGAUAUUGUAAAGUUGGAAAUGCUGACAGAGCUUUCAAAGUAAAGGACUUGAUGGUUUCAGAAUCAAUGUUUCCUUCCAUUGAAAUGUACAAUUCUCUGAUUACUGGAGUCUUUAAGUCAAGGAAAUUAAGUAAAGUGUCGGAUCUUACUGCUGAGAUGAACACUAGAGGACUGUCCCCUAAUAUUGUUACUUAUGGAGCACUUAUUGCUGGCUGGUGCAAUGAAGGGAUGAUGGAUAAAGCUUUUAAUUUGUAUUUUGAUUUGCUCGGUAAGGGGCUUAGUCCCAAUGUCGUUAUUCAUACCAAAAUCAUCAGUAGUCUCUAUAGGUUUGGGAGCAUUGAUGAAGGAAGUGUGCUGUUACAGAAAAUUGUGGAUUUUGGUACUUUUCCAGAUUGUGGAGCUUCUUUGCAGCCAUGUAAAGCUACCAUUAGGGAUAAUGAAAUUGAAAAAAUUGCAGAUUUUCUCAAUGAAAGUGCCAAGACUGUAUCUUUGCCCAACAAUAUUGUUUACAAUAUAGCUCUUUUGGGACUCUGCAAAUCCGGAAAGAUUGCUGAUGCCAAGAAAUUUUUUUCUGCUUUGCUGCUUCGAAAUUUUACUCCAGAUAAUUUUACUUAUUGUACCCUUAUUCAUGCCACUGCAGCCACUGGUAAUGUUAAUGAAGCUUUCAACUUACGAGAUGAGAUGCUGAAUAAGGGUCUGGUUCCGGUUCCUAACAUUACUAUAUAUAAUGCUCUUAUAAAUGGCUUAUGUAAGUCAGGGAAUUUGGGACGAGCACAAAGGCUUUUCUAUAAACUUCACCUGAAGGGUUUGACUCCAAAUCUUGUGACCUAUAAUAUAUUGAUAAAUGGGUUAUGCAAAACUGGUGAUGUUGCUGAAGCUUUUAAGUUGAAAGACAAAAUGAUCAAAGAAGGCAUUGUUCCAUCUGUUAUUACCUAUUCUGCCUUGAUCAAUGCUCUUCGCAGGAAAGGAGAUGUGGAAGAAUCAGUGAUGCUUUCUGCUAUCAUUAUCAAAAUGGGAAUCAAGGCAAACCUUGUGAAAGACACAAAUUUGAUUCAAGAUGAUGUCAAAGUUUGAGAAUAUGCAAAAGGUCUUUGACCCUGAUAGUGUGGUACAUGAUAAGAAUUGUCAUCUGUUGUUUGUGCCUUGCAAUGCCCUGUAAAGGUCUCUGAAAAAGCUGUAUCUUGAUGCAACAGUUCUUGGUGAUUUGCUUUUGUGCACUAAAAUCUUCAGAAAGCUGUAUACUGAAAAUGGCUCUUAUUAAGUGAAGAGGGGAUACUUUGUGGCUUCACAAUUAAAUGGUCUACUACUUCUCCUUCUAAGGAUGUCUUCUCAAUCCGGUGGAUGUAAGAACCAUUUACCGAAAGAAGUAUUAAGUUUCAUUUGGCGAGACUUCCAUGAGAUACUACCCUCUUCGGUGGGUCAUUACAAAAGAAAGGUUCUUGACCAUUCCAACUGUCAUGUGUGGGUGGUUAUAGUCUUGAUACUAAUGGUCAUGCUGUGUUCUGGUGUAGUGGUAGUUGGUACAUUUUAAACUGCUAAAAAAUCUUUCACUGGAAAUCUUUUCAACAGAUUACUCUCAAGACUUCUGAAGUGUUUUCUCAAAUCCAAAUUUGAGCUAUUUCCCUUGUUGCAUCUUGAUAUGUUUGGGGAACGUACACAGAUUGUUCAUGGUUGUUCUCUGGAAAUAGUGGUUUCUCACAUUCAAAGUCUUUUUGAAGAUUUUAGUAAAGCUCAUAGUUCCAACAACUGAAGUAAGGAGCAUGUAUGUAGUUCGAAAUUCAACUGGAGAAGUCGUUGCAUAUCUUUCAAAAUCAUUGUCUGUAAUCCAAACAGAAGUUAUCGCUUUAAUGGUUGCAUUGGAUCGGCCUCUUACGCUAUGGGUUGCCUGCAUUUUGAUCUGAAGUUCGUGAAUGACGAGCUAGUUUGGAUAAAUAAUUUCUCUUCUUUUUUCUUUGAUUUAAUUAGGUUCUAAUUAUUUUUAACAAUGUUUAUUAUUAGAAAAAACAAAAAACAAUCAAGGGAAAGUAAUGUUGUAUUACAAUAAAUUACUAAAAUACAUUUUUGUAUUAUUAUGUCUUCACACAUUUUAUACACACAAGAAAUACAACUCAAUAUUGCUACAA